CUAGUUGUAAAGAAAAGAGUACUCCCUAUUUAUGUUUAAUACUGAAUAUCUUUUAGAAUGGUACUCUUUUCAAUUUAAUAAAGAAAGAAAAAAAUGUAGUGUUAUUCAUUCCGGUGUUACAUUCAAACUCAACCUUUUGGCGUGAAGAAGCGUAAGCUCGCAGACAUGGCGAUGCAGACCGGAGCUACCGCCUCUAAAGUCAUCGUACUGGUCGGCGCAGGUCUGACUGGGUCUGUAAUAUUAAAGAGUGGACAAUUGCCUGAUUUAAUUUCACAGCUUCAGGAGUUGCUCAAGGGAUUAAAUGACGCGGAGACAUUUCCUGGAAAGUAUGAUGCUGCUCUUUUAGCUACUCAGAUUCGGCAGUUGGCUCAAGAUAUUAAGGAUUUAAGUUUCACAAGCCCAGUAACCAUCUUCAAUGGGGAUUCUUCCAAUAGGAGUUUUGCUUCUUACCUUCUUCCAGCUGCUGCACUUGGAGCAAUGGGAUAUUAUUACAUGAAGUGGAAGGGUUGGUCAUUCUCAGAUGUUAUGUUUGUUACAAAGAGUAAUUUGGCCAAUGCUGUUGUGUCUGUCUCAAAGCAGCUAGAGAAUGUAUCUGAUGCAUUGGCUUCAACAAAGAGGCAUUUGACAAAGAGGCUGGAAACCUUGGAUUGGAAGCUUGAUGAACAGAAGGAGACAUCAGUGCAUAUUGUAAACGAUGUGAAGGAGGUGAAAUCUGGUUUAAAUCAAAUAGGAUAUGAUAUUGACUUGAUUCAUCAGAUGGUAUCUGAAUUGGAAGGCAAAAUUGAACUUCUUGAGAUUAACCAGGACAUCACUAAUUCUGGUCUGUGGUAUUUGUGCCAAGUUGCUGGGGGGCUUGAACAUGGUCAAAAUUCUAAGGCUAUUGAGGAAGUUGGUGGUAAGUUAAUACAACAUUCAAAAUUGAUUCCUGAAGAAAAUUCAGUAAAGGGGCUUCAGUUCAUUGUGGAAGCUGAUGAAGCAAGUGCAAAACAAAUCCCAGCUGUAGAUGCAAGUGAAAUGGACGGUCUUCCCAAAGUUGGUGGCCAUGCCCCUAAAGUUGUUUCUACUAAUAAAAUGAAGAUUCACAGGUCCUAUCGGGUUGGGUUAUCUUUGAAUACAACAAGUAUGUUUGGUGCCCAUAUUUGACAAUAAUCACUCACAUUCUACUUCUGUAUUCAUUUUUUUUUGUGUGUGUGGCUUCAAUGUGUGCAUAUGGUCAGGGAUGGAGGUUUGAUUGUCUCUAUUGAUAUCUCCAUCUCUAAUCGAAGCACACCGAAUCACAACAUUUCAUUAGUUUUCUCUUCCGAGGAGAACAUUUGUUUCUUUUCACUUUCGCAUCAUGUAUUUCAUCUUGUAUUGUAAUCUUCAAAUGAUGAAAUGAUAAUCAAUGACUCGGUCAAAA